AAGUCUGGGUGACAUGACGCACUCAGUCAGAUGGAGACCGUGAAAUAAACAAAACCUCGGCUUUUCUUCAGGACGCGCACAGAGAGAGACAGAGGGGGUCGUGAUUAAUGGUUCUCUCCAUCAUGCUGCUGCUGGGCCGGUUUCUGUGUUUGUGAGAACUCCAUUGGCCUGCUGGGAUGAACAUGCCACUGCAUCAGAUCUCUGUCAUCCCCCGGGAUGUCACUUCCUCCAGGGGGUCUGGCAGCAGCGGAAAGGCCAAGGACAAGGACCGGGACAAACAGAAUGAGAAACCACUGGGUCAUUCUGCAAGUAGGUCCAGCAACAUCUCAAAGGCAGGGAGCCCGACUUCUGUGAACGCCCCCUGUGGUUUCUCUCGAACUUCAGUCACGCCUUCGAACCAGGACAUCUGCAGUUCUAAUGCUAGUGCUCCAGCUCAGGAGCAGGUCUCUCAGAAACCUGUGCAGACUGCUGUGGUUUUGCUUAACUCCCAUGAUAAAUGCUGCACAUCACAGAGCAUCACUAUGACAACUCUCUGUCUUGACUCGCCCAUCAAACCCAAAAAUAAAUCUGUUUUCGGAGCCGAGUGGCUCUCGCUGUUAAAGCCCUCGGUUAACCUCAGAUCGCCCGCCAGCACGCUCAAGUUCUCCAAGUCCCUGAAUGAUGUUGGUCAGAAGAUGGACGGGCUGUGCAGCCUGCACUUCGCUGAACGCACAUGCUCAGAUGGCGAGUUGCGCUCCGAUAUGAAAGGAGAUUCAGAAUGUGGGCAUCAAGCCAAGACUCUCAUGGUCAAGCUGACUCACCUGCCUCCCCUCUACCCCACUCUGCACACCUCCUUCUCCACCACCUAUGGCUACGCAAAUGCUCACCUUGCUGACAUGCAGAAGAGCUCCAAUCUGCUGCGCGUCUUCUUCCCAUUCCCACACUCCUCUACAGCAGGCAGUCUGCCUCUGGGUGAGCUGGCCUCUUGUGCCAAGCCAUCCAGUGCCUUGCUGGAGGUUAAUGAGCUAUGCAGUGAGGAGAUGGGUGAUGAUGAUGUGUUUGAGGAUGAGUUCUCUGUUUGGAGGCUAAAGACCAAGGAGCAGCACGCUCCCCUCUGCUCCCUGGAGGAGGAUGGAGAUCUGGACCACUGCGUCUCACCACUGAUGGAGAACAUGGGUCCACCCUCGCCAUACUCUCUGACUGGGGAUUGCUGCAGGAUCUGUCACUGCGAGGGCGAUGAGGACAGUCCACUGAUUACGCCAUGCCACUGCACAGGCAGCCUGCGCUACGUGCACCAGGCUUGUCUGCAGCAAUGGAUCAAGAGCUCAGACACGCGCUGCUGUGAGCUGUGCAAGUUCGAGUUCAUCAUGGAGACCAAACUAAAGCCGUUGCGCAAGUGGGAGAAGCUGCAGAUGACAGCCAGCGAGAGGAGGAAGAUCAUGUGCUCCGUCAGUUUCCAUGUCAUUGCCAUUACGUGUGUGGUCUGGUCACUAUAUGUCCUGAUCGACCGCACUGCAGAGGAGAUCAAACAAGGGAUUCUGGAAUGGCCUUUCUGGACCAAGCUUGUGGUGGUGGCCAUCGGCUUCACCGGCGGACUGGUUUUCAUGUAUGUGCAAUGCAAGGUCUAUAUCCAGCUGUGGAGGAGACUUAAGGCCUACAAUAGAGUGAUAUAUGUGCAAAACCGGCCAGAGACCUAUAAAAAGACUUUUUUCGAUAAACCUGUACUUAUGGAGCCAAACUUGGAAAAUAAGGAAGGUUUUGGGCCAGCGCAGUCGGACACAAACUCUUCACAGUACACAGAGACUGAGGACUACAGCAUGGAGAUACUGCACGUGUGAGCAGCACAUCCACAUCCCAAAUCCAGGGACCAGAUGAUGCUUUGCCUCCUGCUAGGGUACAGGUGGCGCCACACAGCACUUGGCAGAGUAACCGAGACAGAACUCCUUCUGUUUUUUAGGUGUUUUUUCUUUGUUUUGUCUGUUCUGUUCCUGUAAGUUGUUGGCUAGCCAUUAUGAGUCGGUGUGCACCAGGUCCAGCUACUGCCAUUGUAUGAGAUGUGUGAAGCACCACUUGAGCCGUGUUCUGCGUCUGUGCUCACCCUGUGUGUGAGUAUGUCUCUCUGCGCUGGUUCUAAUGGAGUCCUUAACAAUGCAUUUAAGCACUUUUUAGUUCCCUCUUUUAAGGCUCUCCUGUUUUAAUACCCAUACAUUUAUAUAUACAUGAGGAAAAAAAACAGGCUUGAAGUUCUGAGAGUUUUUCUCACAUUUUAUAUGACAUUUUUUAUUCCCACACAAACGCUGGAUGUAAAAACUGGAAAUUGGAGGAGUUAUAAGGGAAAAUGGACAUGUUUUUUCAGAAUGAUCAUGCCAUCUUUCAUAAAAAAGAAAAUAUUUUCUGAGUUGAUCAGUCUUUUUCAUUUGUUCUAUUUGAUAUUUAACUUAUUCUAAAGGUGAUUCUUAUUCCAAAUUAAAUGAAUGAUUAUCUAAAAGAGCCACUAAAGCCGUCUGCACGGUUUUAGCAUGUUUGCUACUUCUGUAACUUGACAGGUCCAGCGUGAAUAACACGUUGACCAGUGGCUAUGCUAUGGUUUCUGUUUAGGUAUCAGCCCUUCAGUGUUCCUUAUGAGGGCUCUAAAAUGUAGAUGAUUUUUGAAAAUACAGUUCAAGGACAUUUUCCUGCAGAGAUUGAAUUACUUGUAGCAUCACAUCACCUUUCUAGAUGAUUCGUGUUUUCUAUACUUGGGUGAAUCUUUAUAUUGCAUCUUUGUUUUGACCACUUUCCUUAAGAGUUCAGUUCCUUUAGUCUUAUUUAAAGAGUACCAUAUUUUUCUAACCCGACAGGACAGUUUUUUUAUUCAUAGUUUCACAGAGUUUCAUUUUGUUCCUCCAGUCGUACACACUUUUACAUGUGACGUGACAUCAUUGUCUUGGCUUGGCAACUAGCCUUUCAACACUUUAUUCCUUUUGUCAUUACAGAUCAUUAUCCAUAUUGAAAAUAUUACUUUAGCAUGCAUGACCUUAGCAUAUGACAUUUUAAAAAGGACAGUAAAUGGAUCGAGAUCAAAUCUGCAUAUCCUGGAGAAUUUGUUGCAUGGUGUCCCAAAACGAGAUUGUUUCGGUCCUUCUCUUCAAGCAUACACAAUGUUGUAAGAGUGCCACAGUUAUAAACCUGGAAAUUUCCCAACGUUAACUGUGACUUUCACCAUUUCCCCAUGCAGCUUGGUAUAACGGAUCACAUUUAUCUCCCUCAUCACUUUGGAAUGUCGGGGCAAACCUACAAUCAGAGCACACUUCUACCAUCUAGUGGCAAAGAUCCCAUUUUACAUUGUUCUACAGAUUUUAACGUACCAUGAAUGCUUGGUGCAAUUCGAACAAAAUGAAAAGUGCAAUUACACUUUGUUGAUGGGAUCGUUCUUGCAGUCCUUUUCCAGUUUUCAUAUAGGAUUUUUAAUUUCACAAUUUAUGCAAAUAACACUACAGGUUUGAUGUUGCACAGCUAAUAUAAUAUUGUUCUUUGAUCCUUGAACUGUUCUUGUGUAGGGCAGAGAGGAUCUCAACCAUCUAGUGCUUUGCUUUAUGGUGACUGCGGGAAUGCCCUUUACGAGCUUGUAAAUCCUAACAAGUGCAGUUUUAUAUAACUGCAGCCUGCGUCCUUUAUGAUUCGAUCCCUUUUGCUUUGUGGUUUAGAAAUCGGUGUACAUAUGUAUUUUUGUUCGAUAAAUAGGAGCUGGCUCCUUGAAGUAUCUGGAAGUGUGGGACUGCUGACAAUUUACGGAAUUAAUUUCAAACUAUUAUUUUUGGUCAAGGUAUGAUUUUGGAAUCUUUCUGGAUUGUAAUUCUGCGUAUGCCUUGUCAGGUGUCAGCUUUGCUGAAUUGCUGCACUGCGUCUGCUUUGUUUAGCGUUGAUCUGUUGCAGUAAUUGUAUUGUUUUGUCUCUUGACUCUUCAUUGCUGCAGGUUGCCAGUAGUUGAGCUCUGAUGAUCAUGCGAUCGAUCACGCUUACUAACACGCACAGACGACACGUGCUUAGAAAGUGUUUCUUGCAAGCUGCAAUUUAUUACUACUGAAUCAACUUGAAUGUGGUCAACAUGACUGUUUCCUAGCCCUCUCUUAUUCCAUUCUUCUCUCUGUGACCUUUUCUUUGAAUAGUAAAAGUAAUUUUUCAUAAUGUUUUUAUGAAAUCUUGAUGUGCUUCGUUUUGUUCGAUUUCCCAUAUUUGAGUAUAUAGACUGUAAAACAACCAAAUAAAAUGAAGUAAACCUAUACAUUGUUGCAAACGAGACAUUUUGGUUUUUGCCACACUGUACUGCUGUUAUAAAGCGGUGGUUGCUUUGACACAACACUGCCUAAAGAAUUGAAGCCUUCACAUGUUUCUGGGAAUGUCCAUUUCCCCGGUUUCCACAUGGCUGCUAAAUGUCAUCAAGGCCCUUCACAAGCACUGUGUCAAAAUAGAGAAGCAGUGGACCUGAUUGAACGCAUUGCCGUGGCUUUCUCAGUAGCUAAAUAUGGUUUUGUGAAACUGAAAAGACUGUAAUUUACAUGUAUAGUUUUGUAUUUUAUGUAUCUGUAUAUUUUUUUUUCCUCAGUAUUAUUACGCUUUUAAGAAGUUGACUUUAAGUUUCUUAAUCGAGAUGUAAGUGGUGAUGUUUUGUGGUUUUAAGGGGAGAAUAAAUGGAGCAAUAAAAUAAAACCUUGAUGAAACCAGCA